UGGCGGUCCGAUAGCCUGACCGAUAAGAACGUUGUUUUCAGAAAGCUGAAAGCAAAAUCAGAUAACAAGAUGUGUUUCGAUUGCAAUGCCAAGAAUCCGACGUGGGCGUCUGUUACGUAUGGGAUCUUUCUCUGCAUCGAUUGCUCAGCCGUUCAUCGGAGUCUCGGUGUCCAUAUCAGUUUUGUCAGGUCUACAAAUUUAGACUCCUGGUCUCCUGAGCAAUUGAGAAUGAUGAUAUAUGGAGGGAACAACCGUGCACAGGUUUUCUUUAAGCAGCAUGGAUGGACUGAUGGAGGCAAAAUUGAGGCCAAAUAUACUUCAAGAGCUGCUGAUUUAUAUAGGCAAAUACUAUCUAAAGAAGUUGCUAAAAGUAUGGCAGAAGAGGCAGGUUUGCCUUCAUCCCUGGUUGCUUCUCAGUCAUCACGAACAUCUAAUGGGUCUCUUGAUAGCAAGACUGCGGAGGCUCCUAAAGAAAGUUCCUUAGACAAGGUAGAGAAACCAGAAAUUUCUGUUGGGCCAAAAACUUCUCAAAGAGUUCUUACCAGCACCAUCAUGAAGCCUCUUGGAGCAAAGAAAACUGGGGGUCUUGGUGCCCGAAAGCUUACUAAUAAGCACAUUGAAAAUCUCUAUGACCAGAAGCCUGAAGAACCAGUUGUCCCUGUUUCUUCCUCUAGUAUUAACACUGCACCUAUUGCCUCACCUUUCCCAUCUCGUUUUGAGUAUGUGGAAAAUGCACAAUCUACUAAGUUGAAUUCUGAUGGUCCACAAGUGCUCGGCCAUGUUGCUCCACCAAAGUCAUCAAGCUUCUUUGCUGAAUUUGAAAUGGACAAUGGUUUUCAGAAGAAAUCAAGCUCAAAUUCCUCGGAAGUGCAAAUUCAUGAAACCGAUCAAGCUAGGAAAAAGUUCUCAAAUGCAAAAUCUAUUUCCUCGGCCCAAUAUUUUGGCGAUCAGACCAGAGCAGCAGACAGUGAUGCUCAAGUUACAUUGCAGAAAUUCUCAGGUUCGACAGCCAUAUCCAGUGCCGAUCUAUUUGGUCAUGGUAUAGAUAAAUCUCUUGACCUCACCGCUAUUGACCUCAUCGAUCGACUCUCUUUCCAGGCACAGCAGGAUAUCUCAAACCUCAAGAACAUUGCUGGAGAGACGGGAAAGAAACUAAGUUCGUUGGCAUCCACGCUUAUUACAGAUAUCCAAGACAGAAUCCUCUGAUAUUAUGUUGUAUGUGGAGUUUUAAAGCAUAUAUAUAUAAGUUGAUUGUUACAUUACCAUUACCAGCCAAUGUGUUUCGUAGUGAAUAUCGUCAAGGAGAAAAUCCAGGUUUAUUGGCAAGCUGGCUUUUUACCUUCCUUUCUUUUCUUUUUUAGAGUACAGGUGCUGUUUUGGGACUUGAUAUGGUAGCAUUGUUUUUGUGUUGGGCAUUUAGUGUAAAUUGUCAUCACAAAGACGUGAAAACGUAACAAGGUUUCAUGGAGUUGUGUAUUGACAAAAAAAAAAAAAAAAACUACAUUGAUGUUUAGAUUCAGUCAUGGAAACUAAGUCUUUGAAA